AUGGCCAUCCUCUCCACCCUCAGGGAGCUCUUCCACCACCUCAUCGACCCUUACCUCUUCAUGAGCAUAUCCUUUCGCUUCCUCCCCGGCACCAUCCUCGACCUCCUCCGCGCCGCCGACUUCCGCACCCUGCUCUCCCCCGCAGCCUUCAAGGAAGCCUGGUUCGGCAACACUUGGGCCUUUGUCGGACCCCAGGUAAAGGUCAACGCCGAGAAGCGCGUCAUCCCCCUGCUCGAGGGCCGUGUGCACAACGGCGAGGUCGUGGAGGAUGUCGUCAACCCGCCCAUCAACGGCCUUGUCCUUGAGAUUGGUGCAGGGAGCGGCAUGUGGGCGGAUGUUUUUGCCAAGGUUGGUGGGGGUGUUGGUGGUCAUGAUGAGCAGCUGAGGCAUCGAAAGGGUGGGAAUGGAUUAACCCGUGUGUACGGCAUUGAACCCAAUCCUCAGUCAGCUGCAGCAUUGAGACGGCGUGUCAAGGAGGUUGGGCUCGAGGGUGUUUAUGAGGUCGUCCCCGUGGGUAUCGAGUCCAUCAACGAUCCCACAGCUUGGGACGGACGGAUUGAGCCUGGAACAGUCGACUGCAUUGUCACCAUCCUGUGUCUGUGCAGCAUCCCUGAGCCUGAAAAGAACAUCAAGCUGCUGUAUGAGAGUCUCAAGAAGGGCGGUCGAUGGUACGCCUAUGAGCAUGUCCAGGUUGAACAAGGGGGGUUCCUGCUCCGCGCUUAUCAAUGGCUCACAAACAUCGUCUGGUCGCAAGUCAUGGGUUCAUGCCGCAUGUGCCGAGCCACGGGCAAGACAUUAAGAGAAGCUGGGCCGUGGGAAAAGAUCGAUCUGGCGCCGCCAGUGGGUGAGCCAAGAUUCGAGUUGCUUCCUCAUGUUCUUGGAACAUUGACCAAGUAG